UUUGUUUAUGCUCGCGUUUCUUCUCUCUCUCUGGUCUCUCAGUCUCUCAUUCACUGGCAAGCAAGAUGCUGCAGCGGUCAAUUUUACGUCUGCUACGAAGCGGCAUAUCUCAGACCAAUCACUCUCGGAGCAAGGCUUUGCCUGUAUUGGCCAACGCGAAAUGUUAUGCCACGUUUGAGAGUGACAAGCCAAACUUCCCUGGUUCCAGGUCAGAGUUUGUGUCGAAACCAGAAUUUUUGGACCCAGACUCUGUGGAAGGGAUCCCAGUGUACCGGGCUCUGAAUCAUGAUGGAACGUUCAUUGAUGAGUCUCAGGACCCUAAGUUGGACGAGGCAACGGUGAUCAAGAUGUACAAGGACAUGACCCUGCUGAACACGAUGGACCGUGUCCUGUACGACUCGCAGCGACAGGGCCGGAUCUCCUUCUACAUGACCAACUACGGGGAGGAAGGCGCACACAUCGGGUCAGCCGCCGCCCUUGACCCCGGCGACCUCAUCUUUGGACAGUACAGGGAGGCAGGUGUACUGAUGUGGCGAGGCUUCCCCUUGCAGCAGUUCAUGAACCAGUGCUACGGCAACGACAAGGACUGGGGCAAAGGCCGGCAGAUGCCCGUCCACUACGGGUCAAAGGAGCACAACUUUGUUACCAUCUCCUCCACCCUGGCCACACAGAUGCCCCAAGGAUCGGUCACCACAGCACAUCUGACGACAGCUCGGCCUACCGGUCAGUGGACGAGGUCAGCCACUGGGACCAGUCAGACAACCCCAUCACCAGGCUCCGGAACUACAUGGUCAACCAGAGCUGGUGGGACGAGGAGAAGGAGAAACAGUGGAAGCUGGACUCGAGGAAAAUGGUGAUGAAAGCUUUCGCAGGUGCGGAGAGCGAGAAGCGAGGCCGGCCCGAGUCUCUGUUUGAGGACGUGUAUGACGAGAUGCCGCCCCACAUCGCGCAGCAGAUGGAGGAGAUGAAGGCCCACGUGAAGAUGUACAAGGAGCACUACCCUCUAGAGCACUACAAGCCCAUGUCAUAGACUCCCCGGACCCCCGGGCGGCGGGGCGCACCAUGGGGCGGACCAGUGGGAGCAAACUUGUCUCAAGUGUCAGAACUGCCCAAAAUUGGGAAAGAAAACAACAGUGAAAACUUUGCGAGUAUUUCGGGCCAUGAACACAAUUUAGGUCAUUUAGGAGGCGGGAAACAAUAGUUUGGAUAACACAAUUUUUAAAGUAGGCCUACGUCUCUGUUUUAAAAAACAACAAAUUUUAAGAGGCUGAAAUUUUCAACUACAAUUUUGUCCAAAGGAUGGUAAAGGCACUUUAGACAGUUUUGUUUUCAUGGGUCUAUGUGUUGAUUUAUACUAACUACUGUCAAUAUUUCAUGGAACAAAUCAGAAGGUGGAUUAUUAAUAGAAGUGAAAAUGGAAGGAAUAAUUAUUUUAGUCCAAAGUUAGUUUGUUCCAGUACAAAUACAAAUAUGUCGAUUUCGUAGAUAUACAUUUAUUUUUUUGUUUCUCUGAUUCUGGGUUUGAUUUGUCGUUGAUGUUUGUGGUGAUGGUACUGGAAUAAAUGGGGGAAAGAUCUUGUUUUGAGAGUAAAGAGAGAUGUUGGAUCUUCCCGGAUGGCUUGUUUGUUGAGAAAGCACAAAAUGGUUUGUGUGUGUGAAAAUGUCUUCCAUGAGCAUUUUUUCCAGACUUUCAUUGACAUUCAUGCCCCAGAAAGAUGUGUUUUGGAGGGGGGGGGUGGUAUCCACUUGUUCAAUACGUCCCUUGAGGGGUCAGGUUGUUAUUGUCGUUUCUACAGAAUGCUCAGGAGGACAAUACUCAUGAGAGUGCGAGAGAGAGGAUUUCAUGUUUUUGUGAUUUGCAGUGGAAUCAUGAGGGUUCUUUGUCUUUGUCUCUGAAAUGAUUUAUUCAUUUCCUUUGUUAAUGUUUUGAGAAUAAUAUGAUUCGAAGAAAUACCCAUAGUAUUUUUUGCAUAUAACAUUGUUGAUGUCGCUUUUUUGUACAGGUAUGUUUUAUGUUUGUGUUCACAUAUAUGCACACUCAUACACUUUCCCACACACACACACACACACACACACACACACACAAACACACAACAUGUUUGCAAUGCAAUGUAAUCAGAUCCAGGGAUGAUACAUAAGUUAGUGAUUCCGACUUGGGUUUCCUGGGUAUCAUACAUACUACUAUUUUCUUUACAAGUUAAAUGUUCUUUUACAACCGUUUCAAUACAUAUACCACCCCUUUGAGCAAACAGUAAGGUAGUCGAUACUAUCAUAGAAUGUUUUUUCUUUACCACUCUUGGAGUUACUGCACAGACAGUGAAGCUGUGAGGGUGAUGUGUUUGUGAUCUUGGCACAGUCAGCUUUGGACCAAAAAAAAUUCUCCACUUUUAUUUAGCCUGUGUCCACCAAACCAAGCAACGGAAGGCCAUCCGCUAGUUCAAAUAGAGCACUGGCUUUUACCUUACUAAUUCUGUGUGGCUGUGUCCACUAAAAUGACCUGACACCUCCUAACCAAAGACAGGUCAGCUGGAAUGCUACCCACAGUAUUUUAGUCGACCCACGUUGACUCAUCAGUCAUAGGCCCAGACACAGCUUUUUAAAAAAAUUAUAAUUUUAAGUUCUGAUGAAAAAUCUAAUACCAUAUAUUCAUGUUCAGCACUUCAAAAUUAGCAACAUCUACAUGUAAAUCAGCGGACUAUAUGCAUAUAUAUUAUCAGUUUUACCAUUAUUUUUUUUUUUUUUAUCAUUCCAUUUAUGGGUUGAUAUUCCUGCCCUGUGUUCGACCUCUUAAAUUAAAGUAUGCAAGAAAACCAGACAGAAAAGUCUCCUCCCGACAAAAAGUCGGCCCGUUUCUGCUUUGGUGGACACACAGCCUUACAGUACGCACAUGUGUGUGCUCCGCUGUAUCUGUUCUCUGGAUUUGACCGUUGGUUUGUCCCCCGGUGCCAUAUGCCAUGGUUCAUGACCCACCAAAUGUGAUGACGAUGUUGUGAUGAAUCUCGUUCCCCACUGUAUGUAUUCUAUUCAUGGUCCGGCAGCUCGCGCACCUAGAUCAGAGCAUAGUGUGCUUGUGCUAUUAACUGUUGUAUGAUACUAGUUAUUUUAGAAAUGUUCUAAACAGAUUUUCAAAAGAUUUGAUCAUAGCUAAUGAACCAAUCUACACUAAUUUAUUAUUUAAUAUGUGUAAUCUCUGUACAAUUAUGACAGCUUGAACUUUGAAAAACUGCCCCACUUAAAUGGAUGAAUUGAAAUAAAAAGAAACGACUCAGGUGUAAUUUUAAAAGAUUCAUGUCCAUUUGUGAAGCUUAAACUCAAGGUUUCGAUCUCUAGGUUGUUGAUAAAUGCUGUGCUUACUGUUCAUGAGAUAUAAAUAGCUCCAGUGAUAGAAAAGGAUCAGGAACUUUAUGUUCUGCUGAGUGAUGAACUGCACAGUUCUCAUGACUCUACACUGUGUGUUUGCUCCUUCACUUACAGAAGAGAAAAUGUUGAAUAAGACGAUUGUGAAUAAAGCACAAAGGUACAGAAUCA